AUGCCUUCAGCAUCCAACUCUGCCACCACCAUAAGGGUCCUCGUCGCCGGCGGCAGCUACGCAGGCCUCGCCGUCGCCGUCAACCUGCUGGACCUGCAUCGCGGCGUCUCCCCGCGUAUGCACCCAGAGCCCUUUGCCCCCGCGCAAGACUGGCCGCAGUUUAACUUUCAAAUCACCGUCGUCGACGAGCGCGAUGGGUUCAUGCACAUCGUCGGCGCCCCUCUCGCCAUGGCCGACGCGGCCUACCGAGACCGCGCCUGGGCCCGGUUCCGGGACAUGACGGACCUCGACGCCGACAAUGUCACCUUUGUCCACGGCAGCCUGUCGCACGUCGACUGCGCCGCCAAGACGGCCACGGUCCUGCCGCACGGCAGCCGCCACGCGCCCACCACCAUCGAGUACGACUACUUUUGCGCCGCCACGGGGUACCGCCGCGUGUGGCCAGUGGUGCCGCAGGCGCUCACGUACGACGACUACCUGGUCGAGACGCAGGCGCACAUUGACACGGCCGCCCGGGCGCAGCACGGCGUCCUGGUCGUCGGCGGCGGCGCCGUCGGCAUCGAAAUGGCCGCCGAGCUCAAGCUCGUUAUGCCGCACCUCCGCGUCGUCCUCGCCCACUCGCGCGCCCAGCUGCUCUCCUCCGAGGGCCUGAGCGACGAGUGCAAGGACGUCUCGCUGCAGCUGCUCCAGGACGCCGGCGUCGAGGUGCUGCUCAACCACCGUCUGGAGAGCCACGAGCGCGUGCCGACCGAGGACGGGUCGGCCAAGUACCGCGCCGCGUUUACGAAUGGAAACACCAUUGAUGUGAGCUUGGUCAUUGUCGGCGUGUCGCAGAGCGUGCCCGCGACGGAGUACUUACCGGCGGCCGCCCGCGACGCCGAGGGCCGCGUCAAGAUUCAGCCCAACUUGAUGCUUCCCGCCGACGUACCCAACGCCGAGUACCACUACUGCGCAGGCGACGCGACAAAGUGGUCCGGCGUCAAGCGCUGCGGCGGCGCCAUGCGCCAAGGCCACCUCGUGGCCAUGAACAUCCACCAGCACGCCCUCCAGAGCGCCGUCGAGCACACGCCGACGUAUGGCGAGCUCGAGGAGCUUCCGCCCAUGAUCGUCAUGGCGGUCGGCAAAAAGGCCGUCUGGUCCGGCCCGGAAGGCACCGGCUCGGGCGAGGACGUCAUGAAGAAGUUCUUUGGGACGGAUUUGUACCUUUCUGGUUCCCUGAGCUGGAUUGGCGUCAAGAUGCGCGAAGCGCCACAAGCGGCCAUUUAA